AUGCACGAAAAUCAAUUCCAUGAAAUUGACAUUCAAUCUGUUGAAAAAUGCACUCGAAUUAGUUUUUUUCGUGUUAUUAAAAAUGUUAGAAGUCGUUGUGAAAAAUUGACGAAUUCAUGGCCGCCAAACAAAAUGCAAGAUUCACGAUCUUCAGCAUUUAAUGUUAUUGACAUCUCGAAUCGAAGAUUGUCGUGGACGAAAGCGGAAACUACACAAACACAGGCGAUGUUGAGAAGAAGAAAAAAAACCAUCAUAUAA